CAAGUAGAAAACAAAAACAUGUCAUUUUAUUUACUAGUGUUAUAACUUAUGAUUAUUUAAUAAAAUACCAAUUUAAUACAAAUAUAAUGGAUAAUUCUGCAGCAAAGGUUGGACAAAUAUUUACGGAAGCAGGUGCUGCGUUUAAUAAGUUAGCAGAUAUGACUAUGUUACUGCAUCCAUUGGCAGAAUCAUCACCCAGUGUAUGUGCUCAAACAAAAACACCAGUGAAGAGAAAAGCUACAGAAGAAAGAAUUCCACCCAGCAAUACAUCUGGGCAGGUACUAAGUAUGUUGAAAGUACAAGAUUCAGAAGACUCUAAGGCUUUAAAUAGGGAUAUUAAAGUGGAAUGCGAGUUAAAUGCUGAGGCAGUGGUAACAUAAAAGGUUAAAUAAAUUUAUGUAAUUAAU